AUGGUGCAUCCCUAUCUGCGUCGGCGUGAGGGAACCGAGAAGGCUGAAUAUCCCCGCCCGAGCUGCGAGGCGUUCUGGAAAAGACGCUGGGCGUUCCCUUUUCAGGAACAAGCGAUGAGGGUCGCGAUAGUCGGUGCGGGCUUUACACCUGCCGAAGCGGAUCAGUUGCGCCGGGCGAUGGCUACUUUCAAAUUCACCGGCGGCGUCAGCCAUUUCUGUGGCGACAAGCUUGUCGAAGGCAUGGUGAAGCGCGGCUAUCCGCGAGAUUUCGCCGAGCGCACUUUCAAGCAGAUUGAGGGUUUUGGCUCUAUGGUUUCCCCGAAAGCCAUGCGGCGAGCUUUGCGAAGAUCGCCUAUGCCUCCCAGUUGGAUGAAAUGCCAUCAUCCCGAUAUCUUUGCGCUGCGCCCUGAAUGCGCAGCCGAUGGGGUUCUAUGCGCCGGCCCAGAUUGUCCGCGACGCUCGCGCGCAUGGCGUGGAGAUCCGCCCCUGUGUGAACGCCAGUCGCUGGGAUUGCACCUCGAGCAGGGCAGGGGACGGUUCCGGCGGUGCGCCUUGGAUUGCGAAUGGCACGCGGCCUGUCCAACCUUCAUGGCGCGAUGA